AUGUUGUGUUUGGUAUGCCAAAGUGUGAGGCUCAAGGAUGACGUUAGCAAUAUGUGCGGCGCGGCUACCAUCGCGCCCAAUGGGCGCGACGGUCAACAGGCGGAUGUGCAGCGCGGCUACCAUCGCGCCCAAUGGGCGCGACGGCGGAUGUGCGGUGCGGCUACCAUCGCGCCCAAUGGGCGCGACGGUGAACAGGCGGAUGUGCGGCGCGGCUACCAUCGCGCCCAAUGGGCGCGAUGGUCAACAGGCGGAUGUGUGAGGCGGCUACCAUCGCGCCCAAUGGGCGCGACGGUGAACAGGCGGAUGUGCAGCGCGGCUACCAUCGCGCCCAAUGGGCGCGACGGUGAACAGGCGGACGUGCGGAUGUGCAGCGCGGCUACCAUCGCGCCCAAUGGGCGCGACGGUGAACAGGCGGAUGUGCAGGCGGCUACCAUCGCGCCCAAUGGGCGCGACGGUGAACAGGCGGAUGUGCGCGCGGCUACCAUCGCGCCCAAUGGGCGCGACGGUCAACAGGCGGAUGUGAGGCCGGCUACCAUCGCGCCCAAUGGGCGCGACGGUGAACAGGCGGAUGUGAGCGCGGCUACCAUCGCGCCCAAUGGGCGCGACGAUGUGCGGCGCGGCUACCAUCGCGCCCAAUGGGCGCGACGGUCAACAGGCGGAUGUGCAGCGCGGCUACCAUCGCGCCCAAUGGGCGCGACGGUGAACAGGCGGAUGUGCGGCGCGGCUACCAUCGCGCCCAAUGGGCGCGAUGGUCAACAGGCGGAUGUGCAGCGCGGCUACCAUCGCGCCCAAUGGGCGCGACGGCGGAUGUGCAGCGCGGCUACCAUCGCGCCCAAUGGGCGCGACGGUGAACAGGCGGACGUGUGGCGCGGCUACCAUCGCGCCCAAUGGGCGCGACGGUCAACAGGCGGAUGUGCAGCGCGGCUACCAUCGCGCCCAAUGGGCGCGACGGUGAACAGGCGGAUGUGCGGCGCGGCUACCAUCGCGCCCAAUGGGCGCGACGGUGAACAGGCGGAUGUGCGGGCGGCUACCAUCGCGCCCAAUGGGCGCGACGGUGAACAGGCGGAUGUGCGGAUGUGCAGCGCGGCUACCAUCGCGCCCAAUGGGCGCGACGGUCAACAGGCGGAUGUGCAGCGCGGCUACCAUCGCGCCCAAUGGGCGCGACGGUCAACAGGCGGAUGUGCGGCGCGGCUACCAUCGCGCCCAAUGGGCGCGACGGUAAACAGGCGGAUGUGCGGCGCGGCUACCAUCGCGCCCAAUGGGCGCGACGGUGAACAGGCGGAUGUGCGGCGCGGCUACCAUCGCGCCCAAUGGGCGCGACGGUCAACAGGCGGAUGUGCGGCGCGGCUACCAUCGCGCCCAAUGGGCGCGACGGUGAACAGGCGGAUGUGCAGCGCGGCUACCAUCGCGCCCAAUGGGCGCGACGGCGGAUGUGCGGCGCGGCUACCAUCGCGCCCAAUGGGCGCGACGGUCAACAGGCAGAUGUGCGGCGCGGCUACCAUCGCGCCCAAUGGGCGCGACGGUCAACAGGCGGAUGUGCGGCGCGGCUACCAUCGCGCCCAAUGGGCGCGACGGUCAACAGGCGGAUGUGCGGCGCGGCUACCAUCGCGCCCAAUGGGCGCGACGGUCAACAGGCGGAUGUGCGGCGCGGCUACCAUCGCGCCCAAUGGGCGCGACGGUCAACAGGCAGAUGUGCGGCGCGGCUACCAUCGCGCCCAAUGGGCGCGACGGUCAACAGGCGGACGUGUGAGCGCGGCUACCAUCGCGCCCAAUGGGCGCGACGGUCAACAGGCAGAUGUGCGGCGCGGCUACCAUCGCGCCCAAUGGGCGCGACGGUCAACAGGCGGAUGUGCAGCGCGGCUACCAUCGCGCCCAAUGGGCGCGACGGUCAACAGGCAGAUGUGCGGCGCGGCUACCAUCACGCCCAAUGGGCGCGACGGUAAACAGGCGGAUGUGCGGUGCGGCUACCAUCGCGCCCAAUGGGCGCGACGGUCAACAGGCAGAUGUGCGGCGCGGCUACCAUCGUGCCCAAUGGGCGCGACGGUCAACAGGCAGAUGUGCAGCGCGGCUACCAUCGCGCCCAAUGGGCGCGACGGUGAACAGGCGGAUGUGCAGCGCGGCUACCAUCGCGCCCAAUGGGCGCGACAGUCAACAGGCAGAUGUGCGGCGCGGCUACCAUCGCGCCCAAUGGGCGCGACGGUCAACAGGCGGAUGUGCGGCGCGGCUACCAUCGCGCCCAAUGGGCGCACUUUAUUGAACUGCUAUGCAAGACGUACAUGUAACAUGAUAUGCUAG